CGGACCCAAUUUGUACUUUACACCCAUCCCCCAAAAGCCUGCUCUUUUGUGUGUGUGUCUCUGUUCAUUUGCUGUUUUCUGCAAAUUUUGUUCUUCAAUUAAUUCCUCUCAUUCCAAAAAUCUUAACCCGGAAUCAUCGUCGCUGAAUUACUCCUUUUUAACAGUUAACUGUAUUUAGAGGAAACGGAUAAACGAGUCGAUAGAAUGGCGGAAAGUGAAAGUAUAUUUCAGAUGGAAGCUGGUGAGGUUGAAAUUGGUGGUGUUUAUGACCAGAUAAUAGGGACUUAUUACGAACCUGCCACCCCUCUCGGACAAGAAGAGCAUUUCGGUACUCCUAGAUACGAACCCAUCGUAGAAUCAUCUGCAAAGAAGAGGAAAGUUAACCCAUCCAAUCAGGAUUCACAAGUUAAAGAUGGUCCAAGUGUGUCAAACUGUUUUCUUUUCAAAAGUCGGUUACAAGAGUUUUCUCAGAAAGCAGGGUUCACAUCUCCAGUUUACGAAACUAUCAAAGAAGGCCGUUCGCACGAGCCUUCAUUUAAAUCAACCGUUAUCGUUAACAAUGUCAGAUACGAUUCUCUGCCUGGAUUUUUCAAUCGAAAGACAGCAGAACAGUCAGCUGCUGAAGUUGCUCUAAUGAAACUUUCCAACUCUGCCGAUAUGGAAUUUGGCAUCUCUCAACCUGUCCACGAAACCGGUCUGUGCAAAAACUUGCUGCAAGAAUAUGCUCAAAAGAUGAACUACGCCAUUCCCUUGUAUGAAUGCCUAAAAGAGGAGAGACAAGGCAAAACUCCCAUGUAUUCUUGCACUGUCGAAGUCGGAGGCAUCAAAUAUAUCGGAGCAUCAGCCAACACGAAGAAAGAAGCCGAGAUUAAAGCUGCUAGGACAGCCUUAAUCUCCUUGUCUGAAAAUCAAACUUCGAGCAACUCCGUUUACACCGUCGUUCCAAAGAAGAAGAAGGUGUCCGAUCAUGGAAUCGCCGCCCAGGAGGUGCCCACGCCAGCUGUCAAGAAGCCAAAGAAACGCAGUCUGAAGAAGAAGAUGCAGCAGCAGCAAUGGAAGAAGAAGAGGCGGGCUUUGAAGAGGGGUACCUCCGGUGAAGAAGGUACAACUCGUUUGGCGGUCAACAAAGCGGAUAGUGUUAGUCUGACCGGUGUAGCUUCUGGUGAUGUGGGGGCAGUGACCCCCCAUCAUCAUGAUGAUAUGAGCCCACAAGUUUAUGACAGGUGGCGCAGUUUCUGGUGCUGUGGGGGCAGCGACCCCCCAUCAUGAUGAUGAUGUCGGCCCGCAAGUUAUGACAGGUGGUGCAGUUUCUGCUGCUGUGGGGGCAGCGACCCCCCAUCAUCAUGAUGAUGUGGGCUCGCAAGCUAUGACAGGUGGUGCAGUUUCUGGUGCUGUGGGGGCAAUGACCCCCCAUUAUCAUGAUGUGGGCCCGCAAGUUAUGACAGGUGGCGGUUCGGACAAUGUAAAUCUUGAAAAUACAAGGGGUUUGUUUGAUGGAUGUGUGAAGGAAGGGGGUUCUGCAACAAUGGAUGCCAAUAACAACAUGAUAUAGGUAUAGUGUUGAGUAGUUUAAUUGGAGGAACAUUGCGAGUGGGAAAUUCGGUUAAUUUGAUAGGAUGUACUAGUUAGUGAUCAUUGUACUUUUUUCAAUUACAUCGGGCUGGGCCCGCUCUUUUUUUUUUUUUUUUCCGAUUAUUUUUUGUUACUGACACUAGAGGUGUAUGAGGCAAUGUGUGAUUUGUAUCAGAUGUGAAACUGUAUGGAUUAAAUUUAUUGAAGUUUUACUGUAACU